AUGGAUCGUUUGACCAGCCUGAUCUGGCUGGGCGGCCUUGUCUGCCUGCUGGUUCUUGUGUCCUGGCGAACGAUCUCGUGUCCAUACACCAAAGUUGAGGAGAGCUUCACAAUACAAGCUGUCCAUGACAUCCUCAGCUACGGCAUCGGACCUCAGGCCCUGCAGCGGUACGAUCAUCAAGUGUUUCCCGGAGCUGUGCCACGUUCCUUUGUCGGGCCUAUCCUCCUCGCUGCCCUGUCCUAUCCUUUCAUCCUGCUGUCGCGACUCUUCGGAGCAGUCGAGACCUCUGCAGAUGUUCAAAGCGUCGUUCGGCUCUGCCUAGCAGCUGCCAAUGUGACCUCUAUCGCCUUUUUCUGUCAACAUUGCUUUGCAACAAGAGCAGCUGUGGGCAAAGCGUCUGCAUCGCGUACUUCGAGCAACGACCGAACAAAAGCGGGCCUCUUUCUCGUCAUCACGGCAGUGCAAUUCCACUAUGCAUUCUGGGUCAGCCGUACGAUACCCAACUCGCUUUCGCUGCCAUUUGUGGUCGUUGCGAUGGCUUUAGUAUGUCGCAACAUUAGAACUCAAGCAACGAGGUCAAAUCGAGGGCAGCACGAUGCAAGGAUAGCCAUCUUACUGCUCACGUUCAGUGCUGUUGUGCUACGUCUCGAAAUAGUAGCGACCAUCCUUCCUGUCGGGCUCUACCUUCUCGCAACCGGCCAAAUCAGUCUCGUUAAGGGGCUCAAGACCGGGAUCGCCGCAGGAGCCUUCAGCAUCCUUAUCACGACCAUGGUCGACACAUACUUCUGGCAAGAUUUGACCAAGGCAGAAGCGGUGAACAUCCUCAGCAUCUUCGUCAAGUCGCUCAAUGGGAUGAGAGAUGUUCAGCGCCCGAGGCCCCUAUGGCCAGAGCUCGACGCUCUGCUGUUCAACGUGGUCGAGGGAAAGAGCAGCGAAUGGGGUGUCUCUCCAUGGCAUGCUUACUUGACGUCUUUGGUCCCGAAAGUUCUUGCUUUCACAAGUCCACUGUUUGCCAUUGGAGUGCUGCAGCUCAUUCGAAGGAAGCCAUCAGUAGCUGACGAACGAGCAAGAUUCCUGCUGCUGACCGCAGCCACACACAUUGCCGUCCUGAGCAUUCUCGGUCACAAGGAGUGGCGAUUCGCUUUCUACAUUCUACCAGCGCUCAAUGUCGUGUCCGCUAUCGGCGCUUGUUCACUAAUGCGCUCGUGGCCCGGCAGAGUAACUCUAGCCUCGCUGCUCCUGUUUCAAAUUGGCCUGAGCUGGUUCACAGGAUACCUCAGCGGCAUCAACUAUCCAGGAGGCGAAGCGCUCAAGCUGUUGCAUCUACAGCCAAGCCUUACUGCGACUCCGGGCGUCAAGGUCGUGGUCCACAUCAAUGUGCUGCCAGCGAUGACUGGAGUGACGCUGUUUCAAUCUGUCAAUCUGGAACGAGACCCUUCGCCUGGACUCUUCGAUCGGCUUGCAGACACCCUGCCUGCUACAUGCGAAUCAGACAGCUGCUGGGUAUACGAUAAGACCGAGGACCUGCCUCUUUCUGGCCCUGCUGCCUCAGCGGCGUGGUCUGGCUUUACGCAUCUCAUCACAGAAGCGUCAGACUGCGGUGUCCUGCAAGACGAAUCGGGAGAAGCCUUGCCACAGUCCGAACAGCCAUUUGAGAUGAUCACUCCGCCCAUUAAAUCUUUUGCUGGUCUGCGACGGAAGAGCGUAUCGCAAAUUAAGGCAGACCUUUUGAGGCUUCCAAAAGCUCUCUUGUCUACCCUUCCAUUUGCCGGCGGCUCAACGGGACAAACCUCAUUCGAUCAUGCAAUGCGUCUCGCACUGCCUGUCAUCAUUGUAGAGCAACCUUCCAUAUGGCUGUGUAGACGCAAGAAGUAA